AUGGCAGCGGGCGGGACGUGGCGCUUCCUCCUCUGGCUCCUCCUCCCUGGUUUUUCCGGCUCCACCUUCCGGGGGCGGGAAUUUUUCACCGUUUUCCUCCAAAAUGACGCCAAAGGCUCCACCCCCCAGAUCCAGCUCCUCCUCACCUCCUACCUCGACUCCACCCGGGUGACCAUCACUCUGCCUGGUGGCACCUUAAAUGACACCGUCACCCUUGGCCAGGAGAAGACCUUCUCCUUCCCCGUCCCCAGCAGCCUGGAGCUGGCCGGCAGCCAUCUUACCCACAAAGUCGUCUUGAUCCAGGCCACCCAGGAGAUCUCGGUGGCUUGGGUCAACUACAAGGGAUACACCGUGGGGGCCACCACCAUCUUGCCCGUUGGGAAGUUGGGCACCAAGUACUAUGUGGUGACGCCAGAGGACAACAGGAAGGAUGGGUUGAAGGAGUUUGUGGUGGCUGCUGGGAAGACCCCAGCCACCGUUUCCAUCCUACCCAAGGGCAAGCUCAACUAUGAAGGGAGGACCCAUCCACCUGGCUCCACCUUCCAUGUCUCCUUAGAUGCCUACCAGAGCCUCCAGCUCCAGAGCAGUGACGACCUCACAGGCACCGAGGUCACCUCGGACAACGCGGUGGCCGUUCUCAGUGGCCACACCUGUGUGAAGAUCAACUCGGGCUGUGACUUCGUGGUGGAGCAGCUUCUGCCCGUGGUCAGCUGGGGGACGACCUACGUGGUCCCCCCCAACCCCCUGCAGACCAACGUGGACUUUAUUUAUGUGGUGGCAGCCAACAAAGGCUCCAUCACCUACAUCCAGGGGAAGGUGUCUGACACCAAGAGCAUGGAGGCCGGGGGGUUCCUCAAGCUUGAGAUGGGCCACAAGGAUCCUCUUUACCUCAGCGCUUCAUUUGGGCUCCAGGUGGUUUAUUUCUUCACGGGUUCCUCAGACAAGGACCCUUUUCUCCUCAACAUCCCACCCAUCUCCAGCCACUGCACCUCCUACCACGUCACCAGCCUGGAUGGCUACCAGAACUACGCAACCCUCAUCGCCCCGAGCGCCGACGCUGGCGCCAUCACCCUCAACAGGAAGAUGAAGAGAACCAUCUCCUGGCAAGAGAUCCCUGGCACCAGCUUCUCCUGGGCCGUGGUCACCAUGAGAAGGAGCGGAGAGAUCAAGAGUGCCGAGCACCCAGAGACACCCUUUGGGCUCCUGGUCUUUGGCUACAAGAGCUACCUGGGAUUUGGCUUAGCUGGUCUUUGUGCCAACAUUUCUCCUUCGCUUUCCUGCGAAGACCUGGGCUGCAAGGAGAAGUGUGAGGUGGUGGAUGACCAAGCCACGUGCAUCCAUAAGACCACCAGGACCUGCUGGGCUUCUGGUGGCCCCCACUACCACACCUUUGAUGGGAAAAGCUUUGAUUUCAUGGGCACCUGCACCUACGUCUUGACCAAGAGCUGUGACCCUGACCCCAACCUGCCCAUCUUCAGCAUUGAAGUAAAAAAAGAGGACAGGGACAACCCACAACUGUCCCCUUUUGGCUCCGUGACUGUCCAUGUCUACGACCUGACUGUGGUGGUGGUCAGGUUGGAAAAGGGGUUUGUGAGGGUGAACAACCUCCGCUCCCGCCUCCCCAUCUCCCUUGCUCACGGGAAGCUCCACCUCCAGCAGAAGGGCAGGUUCCUGCAGCUUCAGACCAGUUUCCAGCUGGAGGUACUCUAUGACUGGGCUGACCACGUGGUGGUGAAGCUCCCCUGGACCUUCUCAGGCAAAGUGUGCGGGUUGUGUGGCAACAGCAAUGGGGACCCCCGGGAUGAUGCCCUCAAGCCUGAUGGUCAGUUGGAGCAGGACCUGGUGAAGCUUGGCCAGAGCUGGAAGGUGGCCAGUGAGAGCAGGUGCUGCCAAGACAACUGCAGUGGGGCCUGUGGGCGGUGCCAACCAGCCGAGGAGGCCACCUACAAGGGGGACACAUGGUGUGGGUUGCUCACCCAACAGCCAGGACCCUUUGAGAGCUGCCAUGGCCUCAUCAACCCUGAGGUCUACCUGAAGAACUGUGUCCAUGACCUCUGCGCCAGCCAGGGCCUCCAGGCUAAGCUGUGUCAAGCCCUGGAGACCUACGCCCACCACUGCCAGGAGGAGGGAAUUGCCAUUUCUGAUUGGAGGACACUGGCACGUUGUGCUCUCUCCUGCCCACAGAACAGCACCUACACCUCCUGCGGCUCCCCCUGCCCCUCUACCUGCAAUGUGGCCACCACCCCACCCACCUGUCCCACCACCCCUUGCCUGGAGACCUGCCAGUGCCAGGAGGGCCUCGUCCUGGAUGCCCACCAGUGCAUCCCCCAGGACCAGUGCGGAUGCAUCUUUGAAGGCCUCCUGUACGGCCCCGGCGAGGAGUUUUGGGGUGACACCACCUGCACCAAACGCUGCGUCUGCCACGCGAUGUCCAGGAGGUCCAUGUGUCGCCAGGGGAGGUGCCAGACUGGCCAUGAGUGCCGGGUGGAGAGGGGCAUCCAAGGGUGCUACCCCAGGAGCUACGGGACCUGCACGGCCACUGGCGCCACCCACUACGAGACCUUCGAUGGUGGGAGGUUCAUCUUCCAGGGCACCUGUGUCUACCAGCUGGUGGGGUUGUGCAGGAAGAGCCGAGGCCUGGUGGACUUCCAGGUGUUGGUGCAGAAUGGGCACCAGGACCAGCAUCUUCUGGCCUCCAUCGCUGUUGUGAUGGUCAAAGUCUAUGGUCAAACUAUUGUGAUUAGACAGGAGAACCCUGGCAAGGUCCUGGUCAACGACCAGUUGGCCAACCUACCAUACCAGGCCAAGGACAGGAGGAUCUCCAUCUCCAGAGGUGGGCUGGAAGCUGUGGUGGAGACUGACUUUGGCCUCACCCUCACCUACGAUUGGAGGAGCCAAGUGACCGUGAGGGUGCCCAGCACCUACACCAGCACCUUGUGUGGCCUCUGUGGCAACUUCAACGGCAACAUGGGCGAUGAGAUGAAGAUGAGGAACGGGCGGGUGACGUCACAUCCGGACACCUUGGGGCGCAGCUGGAGGGUGACCACCCCCCCGGGCUGCCUGGAGCUGUCCAAGGUGGAAUGUCCCACCACGGUGGCCGCUCAGCACCAGCAGGAGGUCUCCGAGAUGGGUUGUGGGAUCAUCCUGGAAGAGGAUGGACCUUUUGGAGCUUGUCACACCCACGUGGACCCCAAGAGCUACUUCCAAAGCUGCCUCCAUGAUCUUUGCCUCUUCCCAGAGCAGGAGGACAUAAUCUGCCCCAUCAUCGCCCUCUACGUCGCUGCCUGCCAGGCCGAGGGUGUGGCUGUGGGGACAUGGAGGACGAGGAAGUUCUGCAGUGUUUUGUGUCCCACCAACAGCCACUACGAGCUCUGCCACCAGGACUGUGACGAGACCUGCCCUGGUAUCCCCGUCCCAGCGCGGCGCUGGAGCCGGUGCCGCGAGGGCUGCGCCUGCGACCACGGCUUCGUGCUCAGUGGUGACCGGUGUGUCCCCAGGUCCCUCUGUGGGUGCCACCACCAGGGCUUCUACUACCAGCUGGAGGAGACCUUCUCCCCCAGCAAGCAGGAGCAGUGUCGGUGCCGGGCUGGCGGCGUGGUGGACUGCCAGAAAACCCCAUGUCCCAGAGGUGGUGAAGGAGAAGUCAUCGAUGGGGUCUUCCAGUGCCCAUCUGCCACCCUUGGGACCUGUGUGGUCACCGGUGACCGCAGCUACGUGUCCUUCGAUGGGGUGGCCUUCAAUAUCUCGGGCACCUGCUCCUACAUCCUCACAGAGACCUGUGCUGGUGAGGAUGUCAACUCCUUUGUGGUGACCAUCGAGAAGAACCCGCGGCAGAAGAGGAAGGUCUCUGGGAUACAAGCCUUGUCCAUUGAGGUCUACGGGCUCCGGCUGACCUUCACACAAAGCAGGAGAGGAGUGGUCAUGGUGGAUUCAAUCUCCCACAACCUCCCAGCCAUCCUGAGUGAGGGGCGUGUCCAGGUGCACCACCACGGGAUGGGUGUCCUCCUCCAGACCGACUUUGGCCUGGUCAUUCUCUACGACCUUCUCCAGCACGUGAUGGUCACCAUCCCCCAGACCUUCCAGGGCCACCUCUGUGGCCUCUGCGGCAACUACAACGGGCAACGUGAUGAUGAUCAACUCCUCCCUGGUGGCCAAGAGGCUCCCAACAUGGUGGCCUUCAGCUCUGCCUGGAGAACAACUGAUGUCCCAUGCAGUGAAGACUGUCCCAAGGCCACCUGUCCCACCUGCACAGAGGAGAAGGUGGUGGUCCUCCAGACACCCAACUACUGUGGCCUUCUCAAGGUCCCUGACGGUCCCUUUAGCUCCUGCCACCACCUCAUUGACCCCAACUUCUACUUCCACUCCUGUGUCCAUGACCUCUGUCUGGCCGAAGGGGACACCCAGGUCCUCUGCAGGAGCAUCCAGAGCUACGCCACCGCCUGCCAGCACGCUGGGGUGGUCAUCAAGGCUUGGAGAAGACCAUCCUUCUGCCCCCUGCCCUGCCCACCCAACAGCACCUACACCCUCUGCACCAACCACUGCUCCAGGACCUGCCCAGGCCUGGCAGAUGCCACCACGUGUCCCCAGACCUGCCUGGAGGGCUGCCAGUGCCACCCGGGGACCUUCUCCACCAACCACGGCUGCGUCCCGCGGGACCAGUGCGGCUGCUUCCAGAACGGGAUCUACUACCAGCCCCACCAGCGGGUUGUCCCCCCCGGCUGCCACCAGCGCUGUCUCUGUGUCCCCGGGGGGGGCUUCUCCUGCCGCCCCCACCCGGGCUGCACCGCCGACGAGACCUGUGACGUCAUCAACGGCGUCCGGAGCUGCGUCAACAACGACCCCUGCAAAGCCCUUGGCUGCCGCUCCAAGGAGAGGUGCCACCUGAAGGAUGGCCAAGCCAAGUGUGUCCCAUCCCUGGUUGCCACCUGCUGGGCGUGGGGGGACCCUCACUACCACACCUUCGAUGGGUUGGACUUUGACUUUGAAGGCACCUGCACCUACACCAUGGCUGAGUCCUAUGGGAACGACACCACCUUGGAGCCCUUCAAGGUGGAGGCCAAGAACUCCAUCCAUGGUGGGGUGAAGUCCAUCUCCUACAUCAGCUUGGUCAAGGUCAAGGUCUAUGGCCACCAGGUCUCCAUCCACCAGGGGGAAGUGGGAAAAAUCCGGGUGGACGGGGAGGUGGCCCUGCUGCCCGUGACCUUGGCCGGGGGGCGGCUGCGGGGGCUGCAGCGCGGGGGCCGCGCGGUGCUGGAGGUGACCUUCGGGCUCCGCGUCACCUACGACUGGCGCUGGCACCUCCUGCUGGACCUGCCCAGCUCCUACCACCGCCACGUCCGCGGCCUCUGCGGCGACUUCAACCUCCGUCCUCACGAUGACAUCCCCAGCCAGGAUGUCCCCACUUUGGUGGCCUGGGCCAGCACCUGGAGAACCUCAAAUGAUGAAGGAGAAGACGAUGAUGACGACCCUUUUUGUUGGGAUCACUGCGAAGGUUCUUGCCCCGUUUGCCCUGAGGAGAAGAAGGAGCUUUAUGGUGGCAACCAGUACUGUGGCCUCCUGAAGAAAAGGUUCCAAGGACCCUUCCGGGCUUGUCAUGACGUCAUCAACCCAAGGGACUUCUACCGGAACUGUCUCUAUGACGUCUGCAUGAGUGGUGGGGCACAGCAGGUCCUGUGCCAGGUGCUGGACUCCUACGCUGUCACCUGCAGGAGGAAGGGAGCUGCCGUGGAGGACUGGAGGACCCCGGCCAGAUGUCCCCUGCCCUGCCCCCCCAACAGUCACUAUGAACCUUGUGGCUCCGCUUGUCCCGCCACCUGCUCCGACCCUGAAGCUCCGGCCACUUGUCCCCACCCCUGCCUGGAGACCUGUGCCUGCGACCCCGGCCACGUCCUCAGCGGUGGCCUCUGCGUGGCCCUGGCCCAAUGUGGCUGCACCCACGAUGGUCGUUACCACCCCCCAGGCCAGGAGUUCUGGGGGGACGCGACGUGUCAGCGCCGCUGCCACUGUGACCCCACGUUGGGCAUCGUCCUUUGCCAACCUGGGAAGUGUCGGGAUGGGGAGAAGUGUCUCCUGGUGGAAGGGACCAGGAGAUGUGUGGCCACCAACCGCUCAGUCUGCGUGGCCUCUGGGGACCCCCACUACACCACCUUCGAUGGUCGCCGCUUCGACUUCAUGGGGAGCUGUGUCUACCAGUUGGCUGCCCUCUGCUCCCCCCACCCCCCCGGGCUUGUCCCCUUCAACGUCACCGUGGAGAACGACCACCGGGGCAGCCGGGUGGUGUCCUUCACCAAGGAGGUCACCUUGAAUGUCUACAACAUCAGCCUCAGCCUCAGCAGGGAGCACCCCCAGAAGCUCAAGGUCGACGGCCUCCUGGUGGACCUCCCUUUCGAGCACCAGUCCAAGCUCCACGUUUUCCUCCGGGGCGUCCACGGCUUCAUCCAGACCGACUUCGGCCUCCUGGUCACCUUCGACUGGCGCAGCUACGCCCGCGUCGCCGUCCCCGCCGCCUACAGGGGCUCCCUCUGCGGCCUCUGCGGCGACGCCGACGGGGACCCCGGCAACGACCUGGCCCUGCCCGGCGGGGCGGCGGCCGCGGACGCCGACGCCCUGGGCCGCGCGUGGCUCGUGUCCCGCGCCCCCGGCUGCUCCCCCGGGGGCUGCUCCGGGCGCUGCCCCGGCUGCUCCGCGGCCCAGCGCGCGGCCUACGCGGGCGACAAGCACUGCGGGGUCCUGCGCAGGAGGGCGGGGCCUCUGGCGCCCUGCCAUGACGUCAUCGACCCCGCCCCUUUCUUCCAGGACUGCCUCCUCGACGCCUGCGUCUACGAGGGGAACCAGGAAGUGGUUUGCGCCGCUGUGGCCGCUUACGUCACUUCCUGCCAGAGCCGCGGGGUGGCGCUCCGGCCCUGGAGGACCGCGGCGUUUUGUGCCCCCACCUGCCCCCCCAACGAACACUACGAGCUCUGCGGGCCCCUCUGCCCCCCCAGCUGCUCCCAGGAGCCCGGGGCGGGGGGCUCCCCGGCCCCCCCCUGCCCGGCGCCGCCGCCCCCCGCCCCGCGCUGCGCCGAGGGCUGUUUCUGCGACGCGGGGCUGCUCCGCAGCGGCUCCGCCUGCGUCCCGCGCGCGCGCUGCGGCUGCUGGCACCGCGGCCGCUACUACCGGGCGGGGGGCGAGUUCGUCCCGUGCCCCUCGUGCACCCAGAAAUGCGUCUGUCGCGCGGGGGGGGUGGUGGAAUGCGUGGGGGGGGGAGCGGGGUGCGGGGAGGGGGAGGCGUGCGGGGUGCGGGACGGGGUGCGGGGCUGUCACCCCGAGGGGUGCGGGGUCUGCAGGGUCCUGGGGGGGGGGCGGCUACAGCAGCUUCGACCGGCGGAGCGGGAGGUGGACGGGGAGCGUCACCUCCUGCCUCUGUCCCUCUGGGGGGGCCUCCUGACCCUGACCCAGGAGGGGACCCACCGGGUGCUGCAGCUGAGGGGGGGUCUCAAGCUCCUCUACGACGGCGACGCCUUCGUGGCUGUUGUCACCUUCCCCACCCCCUCCCGGCGCCUCCGCGGCCUCUGCGGGGACUUCGACGGGGACCCCAACAACGACCCCACCCCCCCGGACCCCCAGGACCCCCCCGCCCCCCAUUGCCCCCCAGGGCCCCAGAAAGCUGCCCCGAUAGGGGGGGAUCCCUGUGAGCUGAUGGCCCAAGAGGCGGGUCCCUUCGCAGGUUGUCACCGGGUGGUGGCCCCGCAGGAGCACGUGGCCUCCUGCCGGCUGGAGCUCUGCGGCGGGGGCGGGGACAUCGGCGGUGACGUCAGCAGUGACGUCAGCAGUGACGUCAGAGCCGCCCUGUGCCGCAGCCUGCAGGGUUACGCUGCUGCCUGCCAAGCGGCCGGGGGGACCCUGCAGGAGUGGAGGGAGACAGCGGGGUGUCCCAUGACCUGUCCCCCCAACAGCCACUACGAGCUCUGUGGCCACUCUUGCUCCCACAGCUGUGCUGGGCUCAGCUCCGUCCCCCCCUGCACCCCCCGUUGCUUCGAGGGGUGUCAGUGUGACCCGGGUCACCUCUGGGAUGGUCACCAGUGUGUCCCCCCCUCCCAGUGCGGCUGUUUCCAAGAAGGGAGGUACAUCCAGCUGGCCCAGCCCCUCCUGUCCCGGAGCUGCCGCCUGCGCUGCCUCUGCCAGGCCCCCGGCGCCCUCGGCUGCCGCGCGGCCGCGUGUCCCCCCGGCCAGUCCUGCGGCCUGGUGGGCGGGGCCUGGAGCUGCCUCCACCAAUCAGGACGCUGCACCUUGGCCCCCGCCACCCACCUCGUCACCUUCGACGGGGCCACCGGCACCAGCGGGGUCCCCGCCGCCCGCGGGGUCCACGUCUUGGCCGCCCCGUGUCCCCACCCGGGUCCCAGCGCCUGGUUCCGCCUCUUGGUUGACGUCGGGGACAAGCGGGACCAGCCGGCGGUGGAAGCUCUUCACCUCUUCAGCUCCACGGCCUUUGUCACCCUCAAGAGGGAGAAGAAGGUCUGGGUCAACGGGGUCCCAGCCACCCUCCCCGUGGAGAUCUCCAGCAGCUUGUCCAUCAAUGAGACCCGAGGAACCAUCUGGGUCACCCAAGACCCCGAAUUUGUCAUCGGCCUCAGCCCCACGGGGGAGGUGACAAUGACGGUGGCCCAGGACCUGAGCAGGAAGCUCUGUGGGAUGUGUGGGAACUACGACGGGGACGUGGACAACGACCUCCAAGGGCCCGACGGGAAGCUGCUGAGGGACAUGGCGGCCAUGGCCGAGGCCUGGAGAGCACCUGACUUCACCCACAUCAAUGUCCCCAGCAGUGAUGCCUAAAAUCGCCAUUUCUGAGGCCCUGUCGGUGACGUCAUCGAGGCGGAAACUCCGGGGAAAAAAGGGGGUUUUAUCCCCCCCAAAAUUUGAGUGUUUAACCAAAAAAACAAAAACAACCCCAAACCCUCAAAAAUUUGGUUUGAUGUGUAAUA